AUGAAGGAAUUGUGGCAACAAAACUAUUCCUGGGAUGCAGAACUGUUACCUCAGGCUCAGCUAGAAUGGAAGCGUUUUAGAAAUGACUUACAAACAUUAAAUACUGUGAAAGUACCCAGACAUAUUUUUAAUUCGACGGUUCCCUGUUCGAUUCAAUUACACGUGUUUACGGAUGCAUCAGAGAAGGCAUAUGGAGCAGCUAUGUACGUGCGAGCAAUAUAUAAUGAUAAGACAAUAACAUCGAGACUAUUGUGCGCCAAAUCUAGAAUAACACCAUUAAAGAAACAGACACUUCCACGACUAGAACUCUGCGCAGCAUUGCUGGGAGUCGAAUUAGCAGAAAGAGUUAAACAAGAUUUAAAGUAUCAAAACGUGCCAACCUACUUUUGGUCCGAUUCCGAAAUUGUUUUGUCAUGGAUACUAUCUUCAUCUGCCUCAUUGCACACAUUCGUAGCAAAUCGUAUUAGCAAAAUUCAAGAGAUGUCACUUGCUGAUCAAUGGCAUCAUGUGGCGUCAAAGGAUAAUCCUGCUGACAUCAUUUCCAGAGGAAUGAAAGUUAAAAUGUUCAAUUAUUCACAUAUAUGGUUUUUUGGUCCACUCUUCCUUCAUGGAGGCAACGAAUUUUGGCAACAGCCAAACCCAAAGGCAUUUAACAUCUCAACCGAUAUCGAAAGACGACAAGGACAUACAGUUAACAUUAUCAUUCAAACAACUGGUUCUGAUCACAUGAUAAAUCAAAUUGAUCAUCGAAACUCAUUCAGAUACCUCCAAAGAACAAUUGGUUAUGUUCGCCGUGUAUUUCAUCGCACACAAUCACCAACAAGAACACUUUCUCCAAAGGAAUUACGAGAUGCAUUAGUCUUCAUAAUUAAAACUAUUCAGGGCUCAGAAUUUGCAAAGGAAAUCUCUGACUUAAAACAAUGUAAAGCAAUCAACAGUUCGAGUCAACUAAAUAUUUUAGCACCGUUCAUUGACGAACAAGGUGUACUUCGUGUUGGAGGAAGGCUUGAAGCAUCAACAUUGCCAUAUGAUGCUAAACACCCAAUGGUAAUUCCUUACAAUCACUCAAUAGUGAAAUUGAUGUUCAAAAUGAAACAUGAAGAAAAUUCCCAUUGUGCCCCACAAUUAUUGCUAAGCACAAUGAGACAAAACUUCUGGCCGAUUAAAGGAAAGAUUAUGGCGCGAAACAUUGUUCACACCUGUGUCAUCUGUUCAAAGGCAAAACCAAAACUGAUUGACCAACUCAUGGGCAAUUUACCGACUGAUCGAGUUACUCUGACUAAACCAUUUUUUACCACAGGAGUUGAUUACUGUGGUCCGAUAUGGAUUCAUUAUAAAAUUAGAGGAAAAAGGCCAACAAAGGCAUAUUUAGCAGUAUUUUGCUGUUUCGCGACUAAGGCUGUUCACCUAGAAGUGGUGAGUGACCUGACAACAGAGGCAUUCAUAGCCGCUAUUCAACGUUUUAUCAGCAGAAGAGGAAGAUGCCAAACAAUUUAUAGUGACAAUGCGACUAACUUUGUUGGGGCGAGAAACCAACUACAAGAGCUCCAGUCUACCAUUUAUUCAGAAAAUGGUAAAGAAAAGAUCAUUAAGACCAGUAGUAACAAGGGAAUUGACUUCAAAUUCAUUCCACCAAGAGCUCCUCAUUUUGGAGGACUCUGGGAAGCUGCCGUCAAGUUUGGUUUUCGUUGA